UAUUAACAUGGAAAACGUAUCCAAAGAAAAUGCUCGGUUUUUCUUGAAAAACAUAAUCGUGCCAAAUGACAGGUCUUCAUGCAAAUCUGAAUCCUCUGCUUCCAAGGAGAAACAAAGCUGUGGAGGCAUAAAGAUAUUUCUUGGUGCAUUAUCUUUUGUUUACUUUGCUAAAGCAUUAUCAGGAAGUUAUCUGAAAAGUACCAUUACUCAAAUAGAAAGAAGAUUUGAUAUUCCUUCUUCUCUGGUUGGUGUUAUUGAUGGCAGCUUUGAACUUGGGAACCUCCUAAUCAUAAUUCUUGUAAGCUACUUCGGAGCCAAACUUCAUAGACCAAAGAUAAUUGGAGCAGGUUGCCUAAUAAUGUCAGUUGGAACGUUUUUUAUUGCAAUGCCCCAGUUCUUUAUGGGACGCUAUAGGUAUGAAAUAUUGCCUUCCUCCACAAACUCUUCUAUCAGCAUCUCUCCAUGUCUACAUGAUAAACACCAGAUACCACUGUCAGUCUUGGAAAGACCCCAAGCAAAAAUAAAUGCAGGGUGUGUACAGACAGUUGCGAUUAUAGGACCAAUAUUUGGCUUUCUUUUAGGGUCCCUGUGUGCCAAGCUAUAUGUUGACAUUGGCUUUGUGGACUUGGAUAGUAUAACAAUAACCCCCAAAGAUGUCCAGUGGGUAGGAGCUUGGUGGCUUGGUUAUGUAGUAGCUGGUAUAAUAAGUGUUCUGGCUGCCAUCCCAUUCUGGUUCUUACCGAAGCACCUAUCCAGACCAGAAAGCAGAAAGGAUUCCAAUACCUCUUCUGAACAGUCAAAGUUCAUCACUGAAGAUAACAGGGAGCAUCACAAACCUUAUACACAGCAACUGAAGAUAGUGGAAAUGGCAAAGGAUUUUCUUCCAUCGCUGAAGAACCUCUUUGGAAAUCCAGUGUACUUUCUGUAUUUGUGUGCAAGUGUCAUUCAGUUCAAUUCUUUAAUUGGUAUGGUGACAUAUAAACCAAAAUACAUUGAGCAACAGUAUGGGCAAUCAUCUUCAAAAACUAAUUUUGUCAUAGGUAUGAUCAACAUUCCCGCAGUGGCCUUUGGAAUAUUUUCUGGAGGACUGAUCAUGAAAAAGUUCAGGAUUAAUGUUGUAGGGGCAGCAAAGCUCUCCUUGGGAUCAUCCUUCUUUGGUUAUUUAUUGCUCUUUACCUUGUUUGCAAUGGGCUGUGAGAACUCAGAUGUGGCAGGAUUGACUGUGUCAUAUGAAGGAAUCAAACAGGUCUCUCAUUAUGAACAAGCUCUCUUUUCAGAAUGCAACUCUGGUUGCAUAUGUUCAGAAAAUGAAUGGGAUCCUAUAUGUGGGGAAAAUGGAAUCACGUAUGUGUCAGCUUGUCUAGCUGGUUGUAAGUCAUCAAAUGGCAGUGGGAAAAAUGCUAUGUUACGUAACUGCAGCUGUGUGGAAAUUACAGACUCUCUAUCCAGAAGCUCAUCAGCAGUGAUAGGGACAUGUCAAAAAGGAAGUGAAUGUGCAAACAUGUUUCUGUAUUUUCUGGUAAUAUCAGUCAUCACUUCAUAUACUUUGUCAAUAGGUGGCACACCUGGAUACAUAUUACUCUUAAGAUGCAUUAAUCCACAACUCAAAUCUUUUGCACUUGGAAUCUAUACCUUGGCAAUAAGAGUUCUUGCAGGCAUCCCUGCUCCGGUGUAUUUUGGAAUGUCAAUAGAUAACACUUGCCUAAAAUGGGGAAGCAAAAGGUGUGGGGGAAGAGGAGCUUGUAGACUCUAUGAUUCUAACGCAUUUAGAUAUGUUUAUCUGGGAUUGACUGUGGUUUUGGGCACCAUGUCAAUUUUCCUGAGCAUUGCUGUCCUUUUCAUUUUAAAGAAAAGGUUUGUUCCACAAGAUGAAAAUAUUGCAGCCACUGGAGAAAGAGGAACAGUCUUGGCCAGAAACAGCAAAGACAAUUUUGUCACUUGUGACCAUUUAAUUCAGACAGCCUACUGGCCAGACAAGGAAACCCGCCUUUAGAAGGAGGGAUAUUUUGGAGGGAUGUGUUCUACAUGUGGAAGUCCAGUGUAGGAGUUCCAUGCCAAAUGCUCUAGAAUCAAAGUGUCA